UUCUGUUUGUAUUUCUGUUUGUAUUUCUGUUUGUAUUUUGUACCUAAUUUUUGUAUUCUUCAAUGUUGACAGCACAUCAAAUACAAUACCAACAGUGGACAUCUGUUCACAACCGCCACAUCCUCUUUUAUAUUCGGCGCAAUGCUGAAUUAAAAAUACAUUAGCUUUAUCCAUAGCUAUUCUCAUAUUAUACUAAUAUUAAUUCCGACUUCUCCCCAUAAAUUGCGCCGAGAAAGAUGGGAUCCAAUGCGACAACGAGCUAUAAGCAGUUGAAGGAGGACUUCGUGUCCAACCUAUCAGGAGGUCCAGUUUCCGAGAUCAACUAUGUAACUGCAGUAGGACCUGUCGCCUUUGUCCUUUGGUCCAUCCUACAGUCUCGCCAGUCCUUCUUCAAGCCGUACACGCCACUAAGCUUCCUAAUCGACUUCCUCUUGAACGUAACUGCUAUAUUACUCGCCCUUACUCUCUACGCGAACACGCCAUUGCUACUCUGCGGCUUGAUUCUGGCCCCCGCCAUCCUCGUCUAUGCGCUGCCCCCGAACCCCGUCGCUUCGAAGAAAAAGCCGAAGCUGCCGCCUAAUGCGCAGCAAGCCCGGAAAUCCUCCGGCGCACUUGGCGUCCUAUCCACCAAACCGUUCUUGACCACGUAUCGUGGGUCAAUGUUGGUGGUAACAUGUCUAGCAAUAUUAGCCGUCGACUUCCGACUAUUUCCCCGGAGAUUCGCCAAGGUGGAAACCUGGGGUACUUCGUUGAUGGACGUCGGCGUCGGCUCUUUUGUGUUCUCGGCAGGUGUAGUAGCUGCGCGGCCGGUACUCAAAGAGAGGGCCGAGGGUCGGAGCAUACCUCUAUUCCAGAGACUCCUAUAUUCGAUGCGACAUUCGCUCCCUCUUUUAGUCCUUGGCGUCAUUCGUCUUUUGAGCGUCAAAGGUCUCGACUAUGCGGAACACGUGACCGAGUAUGGCGUCCACUGGAACUUUUUCUUUACCCUCGGCUUCCUGCCUCCCUUUGUCGCGCUUUUCCAGGCGGUCCUAAACUUCAUCCCGUCUUACGCGGCACUUGCCACUAUGCUCGGGGUCGGUUAUCAAGUCGUGCUAGAGACUACGAGCUUAAAGGCAUUCAUCCUCACGGCGCCACGGACAGACAUCUUUUCUAUGAAUAGAGAAGGGAUCUGCAGUUUCGUUGGGUACCUCGCCAUCUUUCUAGCUGGGCAGGACACGGGUAUGUAUGUCCUGCCCCGGAGUAUUAAUCCGCGCAGUGGAACUAGCAACAGCGCCCAGCGGUCCACUCUUCUCCUGACCAUGACUGUAUGGACGGCUAUCUGGACCGCACUGUACUUCUUUAGCACGAACUACACCUACGGGUUAGGGAUGGACGUGUCUCGACGACUAGCUAAUCUGCCUUAUGUCCUAUGGAUUACGGCAUUCAACUCGGCGCAGCUGCUGGCAUGCUGCGUGAUCGAAAGUGUUUUCUUCCCGUCUUUCUACCAAGCUGCGGAUGCCAAAUCCGAACAAGAGGCGUAUGAGACGGCCACGAGCAGAGUGUUCAGGGCAUAUAAUAGAAAUGGGCUGGCCGUCUUCCUGCUAGCGAAUUUGCUGACGGGAUUGGUCAAUAUGACGGUACCUACUUUGGAUGUAGGACCAAGCGUCACGAUGGGCAUAUUGGUAGGAUAUGCGGCUGUAGUUACUACGGUGGCGGUUGCGUUGGAUGCUUGGAAUAUAUCCAUCAAGCUAUGAUUAUGAAUAGGGGAAAAUUAUAUGCAAAUGAUAUAUGAUAUAUUUUAUCAGA